AUGGACGGCAACAAUGAUUCUAGUUACGACCCGGCAUCAUUGCCGGAUCUGUUACCGAUGUAUUACAAGAAACUUUUCCCGUACGGACCUUAUUUCCGGUGGCUGAAUUACGGAGGAGCCCCCAAAAGUUAUUUCACAAACCGAGAAUUUUCUUUCACAUUAAAAGAUGAUGUAUAUAUCCGCUACCAGUCUUUUGCCGACAAACAGGAGAUGGAAAAAGAGAUACAAAAACGAUGUCCUUACAAAAUAGAUAUUGGUGCCAUAUUUUCACACAGGCCUAAGGACCAUAAGACAGUGAAGGCAGCAGCGUUCCAAGCUCAGGAGAAAGAGCUAGUUUUUGAUAUAGACAUGACAGAUUAUGAUGAUGUCAGAGCUUGCUGUUCAGGGGCUGAUAUAUGUGGUUUGUGUUGGCCCCUUAUGCAAAUUGCUAUAAAGAUCAUUGACCGAGCUUUACGAGAUGAUUUUGGAUUUAAACAUAUAUUAUGGGUGUAUUCUGGUCGACGUGGUGUCCAUUGUUGGGUUUGUGAUGAAGUCGCCAGGAAACUUUCAGCUCAAGGACGUACAGCCAUUGCAGAAUAUCUCAGUGUUGUUAAGGGCGGAGAACAGCAGACGAGGAAGGUGACCUUAGAUGACCCCGUCCAUCCCUCCAUCAGACAGUCAAUAGACAUAGUACGGCAAAACUUUCAUGACUACGCUAUCAAAAAACAGGACUUUUUAGGAGACGGAGAAAAACAGAAGAAAGUGUUAGCUCUUGUACCUGAUGAAGUGUUGAGAUCUACAUUGGAAGAAGACUUUGACAAGGGAAGCAACUCCAGUAACUGGUGGGCAAUCAUAGAAAAGCGCGAGAAAGAUUGUGUGUCCAAGGGCUCCUUCAAAGCAUCGCAUCACAUUGUGGAAGAGAUAAUGUUGCAGUAUUGUUACCCACGUCUGGAUGUUAAUGUUAGUAAAGGUGUCAACCAUCUCUUAAAAAGUCCUUUCUGCAUACACCCUAAAACAGGUAGAGUUUGUGUCCCUAUAGACAUUGACCAAGUGGAGGAGUUUGAUCCGAUGGCAGUCCCCACCAUUAGUCAGAUUUUAGAUGAGCUAAACCAGACCCAAACAUCUGAUGAUACAGGGAAGAAAAUCAAAGAUUACAAAAAAACAUCUAUGGGAGAUUAUCUAAGGAUCUUUGAAAAGUUCCUGAAGGGUUUAGAGUCUACAUGGUCGGGGAGAAUUCUUAAACAGAGUGAUGAAAACAAAGAGUUCUAAUGACCGAGAGUGACCAAGAUGUGAUGUCAGUUUAUCAAACAAAGACCUUGUCCAUGUUACUAUCUUCAGAACUUAAUGUUUUGUACAGAAGUACCUCCCCAAGAAUAUUCCAGUUGCUCCUAGUAUAAACAUGUAUAAAUUGGGGCAAUCAGAUUUGUCUGCAUUUUUACUCAUUGACAAAUAAGUACAAUUAUGAAUUUUCAUAUCGUCGAUAAUUGCUUC